CCCGCCCCGGCGGCGCUGCGGCUCCGAGCGGCGGCCCUGGGCCGGCUCCGGGCACGGCGGGCCCAUCCCGCUCCGCCCGCACAGCCACCAGCCGUCACUCCCCGCCCCGCCGGACCGGGGCCGCCCCCGUCUAUGGGUCGUCGCCGGGGCGAGGCCUGAACGGGCCCCGAACGCCCGGAGCCGCGAUGGGAGUGGCCGUGGGCUGAGCCCUCACCCAGGCCUUCCUGGGUCAUACAGGGCUGUACAGAGGCGUAGUGGGACGUACUGGUGUGUACUGGUCCAUACUGGUUCAUCCCCUCUCCCACAGGCCCUGUGGCAGCACCCAGUCGGGAUCAAGAUGGAGCUGUGAGAGGAGGCCGGCGCAGGAUGGCGAAGCUGCUGGUGCCGCUGGUGGUGCUGGGGGCGGUGGCUCAGCGUUGCCCCCCGCGCUGCCUCUGCCCCGCGGCCGCCCCCAGCCCCACUCUGCUGUGCGCCCGCACGGGGCUGCUGGCGGUGCCUCCCAGCCUGGACCGCGGAGCCGUGGAGCUGCGCCUGGCCGACAACUUCAUCGGCUCCGUGGGCCGCGCCGACUUCGCCAACAUGAGCAGCCUGGUUCACCUGACGCUGUCGCGCAAUGGGCUGCGCCGUUUGGCGCCCGGUGCUUUUGCUGACCUGCGGGCGCUGCGGGCGCUGCACCUGGACGGCAACCGGCUGCCGGCGCUCAGCGGCCCGCAGCUGCGCGGCUUGGCCAGCCUGCGGCACCUCAUCCUGGCCAACAACCAGCUGGCCGCCAUCGAGCCCGCCGCCUUCGCCGCCUUCGCCGCCACCGUGGAGGAUUUGGAUCUGUCUCACAACAACCUGCCGGCUCUGCCCUGGGAGGCGGUGGCGGCCAUGGCCAGCCUGGCCACGCUGACUCUGGACCACAACCUGCUGGAGCGCGUCCCCGCCACGGCGCUCAGCCGCCUGCCGCGCUUGGCCCGUCUAGACCUGACCGCCAACCGCCUGCGGGCGCUGCCCCCGGUACCGGGCCCGCCGGGGCCCAGCCUGGCAGCGGGAGGCAACCCGUUACACUGCAACUGUGAGCUGCUGUGGCUGCGGCGCCUGGCACGGCCUGACGGGUUGGAGAGCUGCGCCUCUCCGCCGUCGCUCGCCGGCCGCCUGCUCUGGGCUGUGCCCGAGGAAGAGCUGGCGUGCCGCGCUCCCCACAUCGCCGGAGCGGCCGCCAGUCCCAGCGCGGUGCUGGAAGGGCAACCGCUGCGUCUGGGCUGUGCGGCCAACGGGGAUCCCCCGCCCGCCCUGCACUGGUUGGGCCCCGAUGGGCGUUUGGUGCAGAACGGCUCGCGGCGAGCCUUGGGUGCCGACGGCUCCUUGCAGCUGCGUGUGGCCACAUUGCGCGACCACGGCGCCUUCACCUGCGUGGCGUCCAACGCUGCCGGGGAGGCCGCUGCGCGCGUGGAGGUGGCGGUGCUGCCGUUGCCGGUGCCUCACCGGCACGGGGAUGGAGACGGGGAAGCUCAGGCCGGUCCCGGCCCCUCGGAUAUGGCGCGGGCUGGAGCCAACGAAUCGCUGUCGGUGGGCGCGGAGCGACGCAUCGUGGCAGCGGAUCUGACGGCAUCGUCGGCGCGUAUCCGCUGGCUGCCGCAGCGCCACGUGCCUGGGCUGCGCAUGUUCCAGAUCCAGUACAACAGCUCCAUCGACGACUCGCUUGUCUACAGGUUGCUGCCCCCGUCCAGCCGGAGCUUCGUGCUGCGGGAUUUGGCCGCUGGCCGCGAAUACGACCUGUGCGUCUCCGCGCUCUACGCCGAAGGCACCGCGGCACCGCCCGCGUCCCGGGCUCUGGGCUGCGUCCGUUUCGCCACCGCUGGGGGGACGCCGGGCUGCGCCGCCCCCCGGCCCCAUUUCCUGGGGGGCACCGUCAUCAUCGUCAUCGGUGCCGCCAUCGCCGCCUCCGUCCUCGUCUUCAUCCUCAUUCUCACCGCUCGCUACAAAGCCGCCCGCCGUCCUCCCGCCGCCGUCGCCAGCGUCUGCUCGCAGACCAACGGCACCCACAGAGCCCCGGAGCCCGAACCGCCUCCGCCGCAGCCCUUAGCGGUUCCUCCGGCGCCUCCGGUUCUGAGCGCACCCGGCGGCUCCCGUGCGUUGUUUCCCAGCCACAGCUUCCCUCGGCGCGCCCGGACUCGGCGGCACGGAUCGCUGCCGCGCCUCGAUGCGCCCGACGCGCUGCCAGCGCUGCGCCCGUCCUUCGGCAGCACCCACUGGAUGUUGGAGAGCACCGUCUGACGGGGGGGCGGCACCCCGGGGCGCUGGAGGCGGCUCUGGAGGUGCCCCCGGGUGCGCUCUUGGGUGCCAAAAGCGGCUCCGGGUGCCGCUGAGCGCCUUUGGGUGCCCUUAGGGGCUGGAAGGCAGAGCGGGGUGCUUUUCUGCGCCUUCGAAUGCCCGUGGACCUUUGGGUGCCGAAAUGCAGCCUUGGGUGCCUCCCAGCUUCAAUAGGUGCCAGUGGACGUGGGGGGGUCUAAGUGUGCCCUUGGAUGCCCCUCUGCACCUUCAGGUGCUCUGCUGCACCCCUGGGUGCCAGUGGACCCUUUGGGAGUCCGAAUGCACCCUGGGCUCUGGUGCACCCACGGGUGCAGCUCUGGGUGCUGGAAGCGGGCUCCAGGUGCUGGUGAGCUGCGGGGGCUUGAAAACGGCUGGGGGG